CCCAUGGCACCCAUCAAGACUUGUGUUCUCGGCGUUGGCCUCGGAGGCCUCACCUUCCAUGUACCCUUCGUCCUCGCCCGCCCGGCUCUCUUCAAGCUCCAUGCAGUCAUGGAGCGUAACCCCCAGGGGCCCGGCGGAAAGCUGCAGGCGCGGUUCGGUGAAGAGGCAGCCAAGGGUGUCAUCAUCCACCGCGACAUCGAUGCUGUCCUGGCCGACCCUGAGGUUGAGCUAGUAGUCAUCAGUACCCCUAGCGAGACUCACUACGAGCUCGCGAAGAAGGCUCUGCAAGCCGGAAAGCAUGUUCUGGUCGACAAGCCUGUCACCGCGUACUUCCACCAGGCGGAGGAGCUAGGCGCACUCGCAAAGUCCAAGAACCUCGUCCUUUACCCCUUCCAGAACCGCCGCUGGGACUCCGACUUCCUCACCCUCCGCAAGCUCCUCGAUCUCCCCGCGGAUGACCCCAAGUCGCUCGGUACCCUCUUCGAGUUUGAGUCGAGGUUUGACCGCUACCGCGCUGAGCUCAAGGGUUCCUGGAAGGACCAGGCCCUCCCGGCAAGCGGCCUGACCUACGACCUCGCAGCACACACCAUGGACCAGGCGCUCGUGCUCUUCGGCCGCCCCCAGAAGAUCACCGCGUUCGUCGAGAACAUCCGCGGCCUCGGCAGCAAGGAGGUCGACGACUGCUUCACGAUCUUCCUGCACUACCCGGGCCAGAAGGCCGCGUCCGGCGUGCAGCCGCAGUCGCUCAAGGUCAUCCUCCGCGGCCACAUCCUCUCCGUGCGCACGCCGCAAGUGCGCUACGUCGUGCGCGGCACGCGCGGGACGUUCCUCAAGGGCGGCGUCGACGUGCAGGAGGACCAGCUGAAGGUGAUCCCCAGCCCCGCUGCGAUCGGCGCGACGGCCGACUACGGCGUCGAGCCCGAGGACAUCUGGGGCACCGUCGAGAACCUGGGCCCGAACGGGGAGGUCGUGCGCUCGGUGUGGCCGUCGACGGAGCGCGGCGCGUACGUCGGGCUGUACGAGAACGUCGCGGCGGUGAUCCGCGACGGCGCGGAGCAGGCGGUCAAGUGGGAGCAGUCGGCGGCGGUGAUCGAGCUCAUCGAGCUCGCGUACAAGAGCGCGAAGGAGGAGCGUACGCUGCCGGUGCCUGCGCGUGCGUGAGUUGUGUAGGUGUGUGUGAAGGAAAAGGGCACUAGGAGAAGCAACUAUAGGUGUAUCCAUACAGUAUGUAACAGUGAUGAUUAGUAUGAUAUCGAGCAAAGAUGCAAACCCCACGUCGGACGUGAGAUGCAGAUAGUACGAGUGAGCCGUAGAGGUGUGUAGAUCAAGUACGACUUUAUCCCAACGAAGUUGCUUUCUGACAGAUAGAUCCGUGCACUAGAGGAAGGUGGAAGGAAGGUGAGAGCGGAGAACUGACUGAGGUUUGACAAUUAGAGCGCUUCCACGCGACUUAGUCCCAGGACUCGCCGCCCCACGGGCUGGGACCGCGCUCCGCGGCCACCCUCCAGGGCUCCUUGAUCAUCGUAACCGGCCCCUGCUCACCGAGGUCGUUCCACGCCAGCCGCUUCCCGUCCCACCACACCUCGUCCGCCGCGCCCACGAGCGGCGCCAGCCUUAGCCGCUCCCAGCACUGGCACCCCUCGAACUCGACCCGCGCGACCCUUGCCGCGCCGCGCUCCGUGCGCACGCGCACGCCCUUCACGAGCCCCGCGACGUCCAGCCCAUACGGUACGUCCUCCUCGCGCCAGAAGUGCAUGCGGCUCCCGCCAUACAGCUGCGGCGCCCCGCGGUCGCGCGACGCCUUGUCCAGCGGAAAGUCGACUGCGGCGAUGCGCAGCGUGCGCAGGCGGGGAAACGGCAGAGGGCCGGGCGCGUACCCGUCCUGCGCAGGGCCGGCGCCGUCGUCGAGCAGCUCGCCGAAGCCGACGUAGUCGGGCGGGUGGAUCGGGUGCCCGUCCUCGUCGACGCCCUGGUUCAUGUGCGCGGGGCGGCUCCAGCGCGCGAGGACCGCGCCGAGGCCUUGUGCGCUGGUGCCCUGGAUGCGCAGCGUGCGGACGUGCGUUGCGGGCGCGAAGGCGUCCACCCAUCCACGGUCGUACUUGGGGGCGGCGGAGAGCAUGCGGAGAUGCUGCGUGUCGAGGCCGGCGAG